AUGACCGGCUCAGAUGCGGUGAUCGGCAACCUGCCCGGCGUGAAGAAGAUUGAUACGUACUUCAUGAAGAGCAUCGCGAAACCCGAUGUGACGCCGACGAAGAAGUUCGCGAUUACAAAGACGAGCGUGGUUACCAACGCCCAGGGAACCAUCAUGAAGUUUACCCGCUCUGGCUCUACGGGUACUGUCCCUGUGAAGUAUGGUGCGAAGAACACCCUUCUGUGGGCCUAUUCCGCUUCUGGCGCGUCCAAGGUCCUGGACAAUCACACUCCGAUGAACAGAGGAGCCGUGAUUGUCAACUUGGGCUGCAAGGUGUAA